UAUUACUUCCUCCCUCCUCCCACUGCUCCCCUCCCUGUUUGUUUGUCGUCGCAUGUUUCUUUGCCUCCCUUCCUGCCUCGUGGUCAUCAUCAGCACCCUCCUUCUCUUCCGCCUCCUCUUCUUUCUCCUCCACCUUCAGCGCCGCACAAUCUUUAAUUGGUCGUACAUGUCCAUUUAGUCUGUCAACCAUUGUGUGUGUGUUUUUAGCCCCUUUCCAGUUACGACGAGGAUGAUGCGGAAGAAAAGGAUGCAAAAGACGCUAAAGUAAGAAGAAGAGGAAGUGGGACGUAAGGAGGAGCUAUUCUUUUUAUUUUUCUGGGUGGAUGAGGGCGGCACGGUGCCAGCUGGUCUGGAAUGCAGACUCCAAUUGAACGAGCUGCACCUUUUUGUCUUGAACGUUUCAAGGACGCCGACCUGCUCAGUGACUUCGUCGGACAAACGCGCACUGCGGUGACUGCCUCUGCCUCCAACAUGUUGACGUGAAUGCUACGGCAACGCAGGGUGGGCCUGGCACUGGCAGCCUACCUCCACCUCCCCUCCCCACCAUGCCACACUGAUGUCCUCGGCGCAGUUUAGUUUUUUACCCCCCCAUGGACAUUCAACCCUGCUAUCUCAUCCCAGUCCAACUUCAGCUGCCACUAUUCCCAGCAAGAGCCAAUAAAGCACAGCACCCCUCCGCAGAACACCCCCGCCCCCCCUCCUCGUGGAGAUUUUCCAUCCGCGCAUCGUCGUUUCCGUUUGUUCCAGUGCGUCUCGUCGGUCAUGGCGGUGAACGUGAGCGUGGGCCGGGACACCAAAUGGCUGACCCUGGAAGUGUGCCGCGAGUUCCAGAGAGGCACCUGCUCGCGCUCGGACGCCGACUGCAAGUUUGCGCACCCGUCGCGCAGCUGUCAUGUGGACAACGGCAGAGUCAUCGCCUGCUUCGACUCGCUCAAGGGCCGGUGUGCGCGAGAGAACUGCAAAUACCUGCAUCCUCCUCCGCACCUCAAAACCCAGUUGGAGAUUAACGGCAGGAACAACCUGAUUCAGCAGAAGGCCGCCGCCGCGAUGUUGGCUCAACAGAUGCAUUUCAUGCUCCCCGGAGCGCAGCUGCAGCCCAUUACAACAUUCUCCAUGACACCCUCCCUUACGACCAGUCCCAGUAUGGCAUUCAGUCCGUACCUAAGCCACAUGGGCAUGGGCUUGAUGCCUGACCUGCUGCCCAAUACACCCCUGCUGGUCCCUGGGAGUCCUCCCGGCCUGGCGACUAUGGGCAGCGGCACCGCCGUACACAAGCACGCACGCACCGACAAGCUGGAGGUUUGCCGCGAGUUCCAGCGUGGGAACUGCACACGCGGGGAGAGUGACUGUCGUUACGCGCACCCCUUGGAGGCCGGCAUGGUGGACUGCAAUGAGAACUGUGUCAUCGUUUGCAUGGACUACGUGAAGGGACGCUGUGGCCGGGACAAGUGCAAGUACUUCCACCCUCCUACUCACCUGCAGGCCAGGAUCAAGGCUGGGCACAACACGGCUUCUGCCACCUUGGGUGGUCCGGCGGGAGCCAUGCAGUCUCUACCAAAGAGGCAGAUGGUGGACAAGAGCAACGACGCCCCCGUCUUUAACCCCAACGUGUUCCACUACCAGCAGGCUUUGGCCAGCAUGCAGCUGCAGCAACCGGCCUUCAUCCCCACUGUAGCCGUGAUGCACGGCGCCCCCGCCUCCUCCUCUGCCGUUUCGUCCAUCUCCAGCGCAGUCGCCGAUGUUCCUUUCGCCGAAUCUGCCGCCUCUGAUCAGAGCCUUCUGAGCUUGUGAUCUCGGAUCCGGUGGAGCUCCACUGCGUUCCCGUGGAUAUGCAGUCCCACUUGUGUCCGGUCGCCAAACUGCUGAUGGUGGAUCACGUGGCCCUUGAUUCAGUAAGCCUCUCUCCAAAUGCCACUUAAGCAACCCUUCCACCCAAAAGAAAAGUGUGCCUCAUCAACUGCACGCCAACUUUGGAAGCUGCACCCAAGAUACGUCACCUUCUUAUCAGCCAUACAAACCGACACCUUAAAUAUGCACUAGGCGUGCAUCCUAAAUGAGCUGCUGAGAACUAGAGUGGGCUUCGUUCAUUUUUGCCAUUUUGCAGGAGAGAGAUUUUAAGUUUUAUGGCAACUGUCAGUGUUUUUUUUGUUUGUUUUGUUUUUAGAAAUAAUAGAGUAUAAAUAUAAUGUUUGAUUUUACAUUUUGAAUAUUCAAAUUGGAUCACAUUGCUUGUACUUCAUUCAUGACUGAGAUACUAUCAUCAUAUUCAGUUUCAAAGGUUGUAUCCUGGUCAGUAUCAUCUAGAUCAGGGAAUGACAAUUGGUGGCCCGCGGUCUGCCCGCGGCCCCUCGAUCACAAACUGAGUGGCCCCUUGAAAAAAAGAAUGGGGGGAUUUUUUUUUAACAAACCCCAGUUCUUUAAAAAAAAAAAGAUAAAUAUUCAAUAUACAUAUUCUGCAAAAUUAUAUAUACAGUAUGUGUGAGUAUAUGUGCAUAUAUGUAAAUAUAUAUAUAUAUAAAAUGUGUGUAUAUAUGUGUUUUCGAAAGAAAAAAAUCCAAAAAUCACCUAUGAAUAUGCAAAUUCACAAGUACUGAACUGCAAUUUUUGAUUGACUAUAGUUUUAAAUUGUAAUAUCACAAUUCACCACUAGAUGGCAGACAUGGCUUACUUGUGCUGAGACUGGGUCUGAUGCUGCCAUAUACACUAGCAUGUGUAGGUUUGUGCUGAUUUGGAAUGAUAUGCAGGGCAAACAUAGUACCUCAAUAAACAUUUUGAGUGAGUUGCUUUUUGUGAAACAGUAAUGUACAAAAUCAGUGAUCAAAAUAAGUCCAAGCAUCUACCAAAUCUGUCAAUAUUCCAAAAAAGAUGAUAAAUGUGUUUCAGUUGCACUGGCACCCAAGGUAAAGCACCACUUUCUUUUCAUGCCUUUUAAUCUCUAAAGCUGACUUUUGAAGUUGCUGGAAUGUGAGUUGGCCCAGUGGUACACUGGUGAAUUCCAGAAACCUGCGGAGUGCAACCAGGGGCUUCAAGUGUUGAUUCGGACCAGUAUUCAUCUGAACAUGACAACAAUGGAGUUAGCCCAUGAGUCAGUUCUCAGUAGCUCAACUUGUCAAAUGAAAGACACACACAAAGAAAAGACGAAAUCCCCAACUAUGGGUUGGACUCAUCUCAGAAGGCAGCAGGCCAACCUUUGGACUGGUGACAAAAAAAAUUGAGUGGAUAUGGGGACCACAUCUGAAUGACGGACUUGUGACAAACCAUCACGACGCGUUUGCAGAUGGCCUCGCGUGUAAGUGCAUUCACUUUUCAUUUGUGUGACAUUGGCUGGCGCUUACGAUGUCGACUCGUUUGGGAUUUUUGUUUUAGCUGCAGAGGAGACUUCACGCAAACUCCAAAGUUCAGGGAACAUGCACUCUCUGUCAUGUUAAAAAAAAAAAAAAGUAAAAAAAACUGAGAAAAGUACAUGCGAUUGAUAAAUAUCCAUGAUAUCAAGGGAUUAUUAAAAAAAUGAAUUAAUCAUCAAUAAAAAUGUUUAUCCUGUAUGACAGUGGUUCAAACCUCUGCUAUAUAAAAAACAAAACAAAAAAAACCCCCGAGAUUAUUAGAAACGGAAGAUAAUAUUCAUAGAUCACACCUAUCCUGAUAGAAAUGAUAACCACUGUAGUUAUGUUCACUCGUCAUCGUCGAAAUGAGGGCAGGUGCACAAAUAAUUGCUUUGCACUUUUAUUGUAUUAUCUGUUUUGGGGUUUUUUUUACACUUGUAAGGCAAUUAAGAAUGUUGAAUAGUGACGUCAAGCAUUGUCCGGACAGUGUGACCAGUUUGAGUGACUCGGCUCCAUUUCCAACUUCGUCUGGGAAAGGUAUUUUGAAAUGUGUCCACUGUAGUUAUGUACAGUAAAAAGAAAAAAAAAGCCACUCACAGAAACAUUUAUGUUUACAAGAAGGUCUAUCUAUAAACAUAUCGUGUCACAUACGCAACUGUAGAAUAUUGAAACAUAACUUAACUUCACUGGCAGGUGAAAUGAUGACAGCUGUUUUCUUUUGUGUUCAGUAAGGAUUGUUUCUUCAUUGCGGGGGAGGAAAAAAAAAACACAAAGCCUCAAGAAGCUUCAUUUUGGUCUCAAGAAACAAAAGUGACUUUGUGAUGUUGACGAUAGAAUGAAUGCAAACAUUUCAAUUGGGCCAAAGGCAUCUACCGUAAUAUGCAAGGAGCUGCACCAUUCGAUGCAAUGCUGGAUCCUACACGUGCAUGUCAACUUUUUAAAUGUCCUUUUCGUUCUGCUUUGAAGCCUUUCGAGUUGAAUGUUUUUGACGCCAUAGAAUUGAUUCCCGUGCGCGCUGGCUUUCGAAGGGGAAAUUGAAACUUGAAAAACGGUUCAGUUGUUUUGCGGUGGUCCAAAGUCGACAGACUUUAAGAUGGUCAAAGUUCACGAGGAAAUAGUUUUAGGUUGGCAGCCGUUUUGCGGUGUCAGUUGUGUGUUGCGAAAUCCCUUUGAGCUAAAUUGCAACGUGCCUCUUUCAAAUUCCUUCACUGUCCUUUGACUUGAAAUGUUGAAUUUUGUACAGGUCGUUGAGCGCUCUCUCAGACAGCUGUGCUGUCUUAUUUAGUGUCAGUGUGAUCGGGAUGGGGAAUUGUGUGAAAUGUGUGUUUGGUUGGUUGGUGCUGAAGAUUUUGCACUCCGAACAAGAGUCCUUUUAAGAAAUCAUAUCACAGUUUUGUGAAUGCAUCCAAUGCUCGGAGGGUAACAUUGUAGUGGCCGUGUAAAAGAGAACUACCGGUAGGUUUACAUGGAUUCAUUCUUCACGAAAUCACUUGGAUAACAUGCUAUGUGUAUUCGUGGCACACAGAAACCAUGGAAAAUACACAUGUAUACACAUUGGAGUUUUUUUUCUUGAAAAUGUACAACUAUAUUUCGAGUAAAAAAAAUACAUGUAUUUGUCUGGAAAAUAUGUCACAUUUUUAUUUUGAAAACAUGUGACUUAAUGUUUGUCUGAUUACAUCGUUUGAUCUUGAAAAUAUAUGAUGAUUUUUAAAGAACUCCCAAAAUGUUCUCCAAAAUACUGUAUAUGACUUAAUUCCUGUAAUAUUACAAUUUUGCAUGACUAUAAUCUCAUAGUGUAAUUUAUAUCUGUAUAUCUAUAUUUUUGAGUGGCCCGAAUACUCUCAUACCAUGUCAACACACAUAAGUGCACUCAAUUUAAAAAAAAAAAAAAACCUCCCUUCAAAGUCUUUAUACCCGAAGUGCAAUCAGAAUACGCGCACGUUUUAUUUGCAGCAUUUGAAAUGGAAGUGUAUCAUCUUGAGCACAACUCUGAAGCAUCAUAUCGGUUGCCUGGUCGAGAAAUCAAAGCCACCAGGUUUUUCCUCUCGGUUCAUCUGAUGAAUAAUUGUGAAUGUUAUAUUCGUGUCAUUUUAACGAACCUGCGAUCCCCCCAAAAAGUCAAUUUUUCAAUGUUUGUUUUUGGAAUGUGGGACGAAACUGGAAUACCCGGAGAAAACCCACACAGUCACAGGGAGAACAUGCAAACUCCAUACAGGAAGGCCCAAGCCAGAAACGAACCCUGCACUUCUGCACUGUGAGGUGGAUGUGCUAACCAGUUGAGUUCAGCAUUUUUUUAAACUGAAUUUUUGACACUGAAUUUUUUUUAUGAUAAAAUAUUUUGGUGUGAAAGACUAACAAUAGUCAGAUAAGGCUCAAUAUAGUGUAAAAAAUUCAACAGUAUUUUUAACUGAAUUUUUUGAUGGUAUAGUAAAUGAGUUUCAAAAAUUCUAAAUUCAGUGUCAAAAAUUCUAAAUUCAAAGUCAAAAAUGUUAUGAACUCUUUUUUUAACGUUUUUUUUCCACCAAAAAAUUGAGAAUUUGAUGUAAAAAAUGUUUUACUUCAAAUUCCCGAUGGUGAAGGUGUACUUCCAUAUAAAAGUGAUUUGGGCGUGUAAAGCGAUAGCCUAUCAGGGAGGUAAAGGGACUUUUGGACUGAAUACUUUCUUUCUUUUUUUUUAAAAUCAUUUCAGAAGUGUUGAGAGACAGUCCACUAGUCUCCUUUUUGGAGUCGGGGGAGGCCAGCUGUGCUGGCUGAUAUGACAUCCAUGCUCUAUGAAUGUGUGAUCUUCACCUUGUAUGCACUUAUGUACAUAUUAUAGAACUCUGUCUAAAUACCCCCCGCCCCAAAAAAAAUUGAAUAAAUCUAGACAGAUGGGUUGCAUAGAAUGUCUAACAAGUGUGUUGUUCAUCAUAACACUGCUGUUUGUCUAUUAUUUGAGUAUAGUGUAACGCUUCAUGUCCUUUUUUUCACAUAUAUGUAUAAUCUUUUUUGCUCACUAAAUGUUUUUUAAAGAAUAUAUUUAAUUUGAGUAAGGUCAUAUGUUGAUGUCAAAUAAUCGUGAGGAAAUGAAAAACACAACAAGUGUACCUUCUAGCAAUAACACUAAAAUGUAGUAAGUCUGAAGGCGUCGUAGCCAAUCACUAACCUAUGCUAGCAGUCAUAUAGUAAAUAUUGUAUUUAAACUGUUCAGGCAUAAAUACAAAACAAUCUAAUGAAAAAUAUUAAUGACAGUAACGGUAACUGAGCUUCAUGACCUUUUCUUUAAUGUCCUGCUUAUAAACUACUUCUAUAUGACUAUGACUACCAACUUUUUCAUACUUAGAAGUGGCUCUUCGCUUUCCACUGGGUUUCAACUCCACAGUGGCAACCCGAAUUUGGAGUUUAUUCGGUAGCCUAUCAUUUACUCAUGCUAACAUUAAGUCACAAUUAGUUGUGUGGAAAACAUCUGACGGCGAGAAGGGGGACCCUGAGGAACGACUGACAUUGGCCCAUAUCAGUGUCAAAAUAACGACAUUGCUUUAAACACUGCAAUGACAACGUAUCGAAAUACCCUGCGUUGGGCCCCUUCCUGGUCAAUGUUGGAUGGUGGCUAGUAGGGGGCGAGAGUCUGUUGAUAUUGGCCCAUAUCAACAACACUUUUAGAAUCCUGGUGUUGGCUUAUUUUGGGUGGGAGGCCUCUGUGGUCCCCCUUGCCUGGGGGGAGGGACGUUGUAUAGAAAACUAGGAUCUCCCCUGUCGUGUUCCCAAAACUCUAAAUUCCCCUUGGCUUUUUCGCCACGCGUUUGUUUUUGUGGGUCGAGGCGUUUGCGCACAGCAGGUUUGGACGUGCGCUCUGCAUUUUAUUUUUUGCUCCUCCAGCCUGCUGUCUUGUUGCCAGAGCGCUGCUCCCAGCUGGAGUGAGUCAUCCUGACAAAUUGUUUCACAGCCAUCCAACUCGCUCAUAUGAACACUAGUGCAGACUGGGGGAAGGGGAUGGAAAGCUGUUUGAGCAUUUAUUCCGCAUCCAUGAUGUUUAUCUUUAGGUCCAUGUACUAGUAAGCUUUUUAUCUUCACUAGUAAGACAACCAAUUGUACUAGUAGAACAACUACCAUAUGUCUUACGAGUAACAUUUUUUUCCAUCACUAAUGCCUACUGGAACACAAUUAAACCUGACAAGUAAACUACUGCGCUGCACUAGGAACACUACUAGGCGUCACUAGCAGGCAUGUGCCACACAUUAGUAGCCUCCUAUUUGCCCACAAAUAGUUUCUCCUCAUUGAUACCAUACAGUUGUUAUAUUACUGCGCCAAAGUUGACCGAGUAGUCAAGGUCCAUGUACGACGACACUGUUUGUCCUCAGUAUUAAAAAACAAAAAAUUGUGAACUAGUACAAUGACUAUAACUUAUUAGUAAUGUUUUUCCCAAAUAUUAGUGCCACUUUUGAUAUGUAGUAUAUAAUUAAACCAUACCAUUAAACUACUGUGUUGCACUAGGAAAACUCUUAGGCCCAACCAGUAGGCAUGUGUCAUGCGCUAGUAGCAUCCUGGCUCCUUGUGGAAUGCCAAACUUGUUCUGUUAGUGUGCAGAAAUGCAAUGCAUACGGUAGUGGGGAAAAAUGCCACUUGUAAAAGAGUCCUUCUAAUAGGGCACUGAAUUGUUUUGAUACACUUGAUAUCAUCUUUAGGUCGAAGCGUGGAAAGAUUCAUUGUUGGAGCAUGGUGAAGUAGUGGUUCGUCGAGUAGGCCGAGUGGCACUCGUCGUGAAAGAAAACAUAUCUAGUAACACAGUCAUUUUACUAGUUCGCACAAGUCGUUCUACUAGUGUAAAAAAGCGUAUAGGGGACAAAAUGGUAUUCGUAAGACAAGGUCAUUCUACAAGUCUGCAAAACUGUCUCACUAGUGAGAGAAUACUAGUACAUGGACUUUAACCAGUAGUAUAACCGUAAUACUAGCAGGACUAAUGCUACGAGUGGAGCAAAACCGCACUAAUUGACAACUGUGUGCUCCUAGUACUGCUAUUGACAUUAUAAAAUUCUACUAUUAGAUUUACUAUGAAUUUAUUGUGCUAGAAGUAGUAAAAGUGCACAGAUGUCAACGAGUGCACAGUUUUGCCUCAUUGGUAACAGUUAGUCGUUCUACAAGUAUGCCAAACUUGUCCUAUUCCGGUUACAUCCAUUUUACAAGCGCACAGAACUAUGUAUGACUGUAGGACUCAAAUGUGAUUUUCUGUUCAUGAUUCAUGUUUGAUACUUGUGUCCAAAAUGUCGAAGAAAAGUCCAAAUUGUAGUUGUUGGGGAGUUUGAGAAUAAGCCAUAUAAGGAAACACUGCUGUUCAUUGUUUGCUUGCUUUUUUUUUCUUCUUCUUGUGCUUUCUACGUACCGCGCUACUUACCAAUCGCAUAUAUGAUCAUUAUGAUCGUUAUUAUGAGUAAGGUACUGUGCCUAAUAUUAUGCCCUUUCUGUUUAAUAAAAACUCAUUCCGAUCUCA